AUGCUUUCUACAAAACACAAAGAAAACCACCCUUUGCCUGCACGGCUCGCGGAACUUUCAAAGAUUGAUGUUCCUUCAACUCAUGCUAUCACUGAGACAUUCAAGGGUACGGAACCCGCUUCGCCCACCCAGUCCACGACAUCCUUCAUGUCCUCCAUUUCAUGGGCCGCCGAAAAAUCAGCUACAGAAUUGGUGGGACUCUUGAAAACCACCUAUGCAGCGUUACGGGAAAAGGAGAAAGACCUGACCCUAGCAGCAGAGCUCGGUAACUCCUUGUUGCAAAACAACAUGAUGUUAAAGUCAAAAUACGAAACGUUGCUUCAACAUUUUGAUGAUGACAGCGUUAGUAUGCGGCUAAUACCUAACCCAUGUGCGCGAGAAGCCCUGAUUGAAGCUUUGGAACGGAAAAACGCCGACACCCAAAAAAUGUUGGAUCAUGCUUUGCAGACAUCGGAGAAAGCAAAAGAAGCACAAGAAAAACGAUCACGAAAACUUCAGACGGAAAUCGAAUCGUUGCGCCACCAUUUGGAUUCGGCGGCUCAGAAAAUCCAAGAAUUGGAAGAUCAUCGUCUUCGAAAUGAAAGUCGUCAUCAAAGAACGAAUUUGGCCGAGUUUGAAGAACAACACUUGGAGGAUCAGGCACUGAUCGAUGAACUCACCAAACGUAUGCUCGACUUGCAGUACGAAAAUCACAACCUUUUUGAAACAAAGAAAGCAGUGGAGCUAAAAUUGAUCAACACAUUGCACGAUCUCAGUUGCUUACGCGCCCAGUUUGAGGAGUUUCAGUUUACCCAGCAAGGAUACGUCGAUCUACAAGAAGCGUACCAGCGCCAGUUUACACACAUUGCAGAACUUAACGAAAGCCUAGAAGAACACCGUAACGUAUUGAUGAAAUUACGUGACAAAGGACUCUGGACACCGCAGUCUUCCUCACCGCCAAUGCAGGCGAGUCACAGUGAACAAACCAGUUCCAACGCAUCAUGCAGCCAACCCGACGCUCCACGACUUCGCAGCUCGUCCUCAUUUGCCAGACUUCGCGAAUUCGCCAAUAUGACCGAACGGAACCUGACCUCAUUUUACAAUGCACCGGGAGACUAUGCACUGAAAACUUUUCUAUCCACCACAAACCUUAUGCACGAUGAAGCCGCUCUCAAUAAUGCUAUGGAUUUUUUUAAUCGUACGGCAAAUGAAGACAAGGACUUUUCCGAUUUAUUUGGUCCGCUCGACCAAGAGUAUCUUCACGCUUCGUAUGAUAUAUACCCUCCUGUAUCCGAUACCUAUAUAACCCCAUCGUCAAAAUCUGGUGCAAAUUCCAAACGUUCCCAGCCACCAGGUAGCAUAUAUGGUCGUAUUCUGUAUUUGAUCAAGCGUAUCUUUCGUGCUGUGUGGCGCUGGUGUCGAUUUGCCAUUAUCCUGGCAACAGCCGUCAUGAUUAAUCUAUGGCAGGGACCCGAAGGCAUGACAGACAAGUGUCAUGCCGUAUAG